AUGGCGUCCCUCAGGACUGCGAGCCCCGUGCUCCGAGCUUACUUCAGCCGUCACAACCUCCUCGACGUCUGUGAGAUUCUGCUUUGUGGGGUAAUUAUGAUGCGUCCAGAAGAUCCACUCACAUUUUUAGAAGAAAAGCUCAGAGAAAUAACGGAGAAGGAGUUGGAUGCUGUUGUAUGGUAUAUGUGUAUUGAUCUGUCUUUACACCCAGAACUGAAGAGGAUUUCAGAAACUUGCUUGAGUGCUGUUUUUGAACUAGAUGGUGAACAACUGAUGACUGAAGAAUUAUGCACCAAAGCACGGCACUUUUACAGCAGAAGCUUAAUGAAGUUGUGCUUUGGAGGAUGGAUCAAAUACCAUGUGCUGCGAAAGGACAAAAGGAAAAGGGCAAAGCAGCAGAUGGCUGUAGCAGAGGCCCAUUGUAAUGUCCGAAUACUAAGAGUAAUUGUACAGAAGUGGAGCACACGGGUGCAGAUUCACAAGGGAAAAGUGACAUUGGCAACAAAGAGAGUGCAACAGAUAUUUAACCAAGGAUAUUUAAGUGCUGUUAUGAAGGCUUGGCAUGUAGAGGCCCGUAAGUCUUUGGAAACAGAAGCCUACUUUGAGAGUUUGGCAAAGGAAAGUCAGACAGGCUGCUUUGAAACAGGUGAUCUUACUGUCAGACAUAAACCAUUUACCAGGAGAACCUUGUUACAGAUUUUCCGUUAUGUAAAUUUAGAUGAUCUGGCAAGGUGUGCUCAAGUUAGCCAAACAUGGACGCUGUUGACUCAAAACAGUUCAUUAUGGAGUGAUAUCAAUUUCUCAUCAGUGAAGAAUAAAGUUCAGGACCAAACAGCAGUACGUGUUUUGCACAAGUGGCGUCCAUAUAUAUUACGUCUGAAUCUUCAAGGCUGCUCUUCUCUUCACUGGCCCACCUUUAAAAGUAUCAGUGAAUGUAAGAAUUUGCAAGAAUUAAAUCUCUCUGAAUGCCAGGGGUUAAGUGAUGAAUCAAUGAGACUCAUAUCAGAAGGCUGCAGAGCUCUUCUCUAUUUAAAUCUGUCACAUACAGGCAUUACUGACAGAACACUACGGCUGUUGCCAAGCAGCUUCCCCAAUUUACAGCAUCUGAGUCUAGCUCACUGCAGAAAAUUCACAGACAAAGGUUUACUGUACCUGGGCUCUGGAAAAGGCUGCCACAAGCUCCGCUAUUUGGACCUCUCAGGUUGCAUUCAGAUUUCAGCUGAUGGCUUCAGAAAUAUUGCCAAUGGCUGCAGUGGGAUUCGAGAUUUGGUAAUCAAUAAAAUGCCAACUCUUACAGACAGAUGUAUUCAGGCUCUGGUUGAAAAAUGCCAACAGAUAAUGUCCGUUGUCCUUCUUGACUCUCCACAUCUUUCUGAUACAACUUUUAGAGCUCUUGCUGAAUGUAAACUUGUCGAGGUCAGCAUUGAAGGGAAUAACCAAAUUACUGAUUCAAGUUUUGAACUGAUGAGUAAAAGCUGCCCAUACAUCAGGCACAUUCAUGUGGCUGAUUGCCAGAAGAUUACAGAUGUUGGUCUGAAGAUGCUUUCCCCAUUGAAGCAUAUUCUUGUACUGAGCAUAGCAGACUGCAUAAGAAUCAGCAAUGGAGGUGUAAGGCCAUUUGUACAAGGCUCUUCAGGAGCUAAGCUAAGAGAGCUGAAUCUGACUAAUUGUAUUCGUGUCACUGAUGUUUCUGUCACAGAAAGAGGACAAAGAUGCCACAAAUUGACCUACCUAAAUCUGUGUCACUGUGAAAAUGUGACUGAUGCUGGGAUUGAAGCUUUGGGAAGUAUCUCAUCAUUGAUAUCCAUUGAUCCCUCUGGAACCAGCAUCUCAGAUACGGGCUCGAGAGCCCUCGGCCGCCGUGGGAAAAUAAAGGAACUUUCUAUAUCAGAGUGCAAAAACAUUGGUGAUACUGGGAUUCAGACACAGAACCAGGAAUACAGAGAUGAAGAGAGCAAACAAAGCUCCAUUCCCUUUGAUUGCAAAUAUAAUUUUAGUGUUAUCUGUCAUGGCUCAACCAUGGUGGAACACUGCUAUGUCUCUUGCUGCCCUCAGCUGACAGAUGAAGCUGUGAGAUCAAUGGCAUCAUGCCACAGACUGACAGCUGUCAGCAUAGCAGGUUGCCCAAAGAUGACCGAUAGCUGUAUCCAGUAUUUGGAUGCAGCCUGCCAUUAUCUACACUUCUUGGAUGUUUCAGGUUGCAUUUAUCUUACUGAGAAAGCACUGAAAUGUCUUUGGAAAGGUUGUAAGAGACUCCAGACUCUCAAGAUGCUGUAUCUCAGAAAUAUUACCACAGAAGCUGUCUUGAAAUACACAGCUAAGCUGGAGAGACAAGAACAUAACAAUGCUGACCCUCCUUCCUGGCUUGGGUAUGACUGCAAUGGUAGCAUGCUCCCCUUCACCAAAACACACAGAGCAGAGCUUGUAUAA